AUGUGGGACAACAGGGUCUGGAAUGGAAUUUUGGUUGAAAUAGGACACUACUCAAUCACCCUAAAAUUAGAGUCUGCUCAAAACUUUUUCUCAUGGUUUCUCACUGGAGUUUAUGCUCCGCACAGUAGAAGCGAGAAACUUGAAUGCUGGGAGGAACUGGCAGCAAUUAAGGAGCUAUGUUGGGGACUAUGGAUUGGCUGCGGUGAUUUCAAUACUGUUAGAUACAUGGGUGAAAGAAGGGGUUGCACCAGAAUCACAAAUGUAAUGUCAGAUUUCUCUAGACGGAUUGAAAACAUGGAACUCCAUGAUCCCCCUUUGAAUGGAAGAAAGUUCACAUGGUUUAGGGGAGAGGAGACCUUCAGAAAUAUCAAAGAAAGAACUCUUCCCAGAGUUGUUUCCGACUAUAGCCCUAUCAUACUUGAAUGUGGAAACUGGGAGAAGAAGAAAUCUGGUUUCAAAUUUGAAAAUUGGUGGCUUAAGGUGGAAGGGUUCAACGACCUGGUUAGAGGAUGGUGGAAUGACAUAAUGGUCGAAGGUUGUCCAGAUUUCAAGCUUUGUGCUAAACUAGAAGUAUUGAAACAGAAGCUCAAAAUCUGGAGUAAAUUCGUUCUUGGGGAGCAUACUAACAGAGGAAACACAUUAUUGCAAGAGCUGGCAGAGCUUGACUUAGCUCAAGAUAAUAGGGUCUUGACUGAAGACGAAAUGGUAGUGAAAGCCACAAUUCUUGUGGAACUGGAGGUGCUGGCUAAAAAUGAAGAGUCAACUUGGAGGCAGAAAUCUAGAAUUCUGUGGCUGAAAAAUGGGGAUAAUAACACCAGAUUUUUUCAGAGAAUGACUUUUGCACAUAGGAGAUACAACACCAUUAAUAGGCUUGUGUCUUAUGGGGUGGAAAUUAAAGAACUAGGAGAGGUCAAAAUGAUUAUGAUUGAAUUCUAUAACAAGCUUUACACAAAAUCAGAACCCUAG